AUGAAUUUUAUUAGUAAUAAUAAUGAGUACAAUUUAUUGCGAUCCUCAUGUACAACUGUUAGUAAUGAAGAUAAUGAUGGGAUUUAUUCAGAUGAAACAGAGAGUAUGAUUAAUCAUGCAAGAAGUUCACCAAUGAAUAUUAGUAUAGAUACAAUUGCAAAUACAAUUAGGAUAACACCACCACCACCACUAUCAACAACAACAACAACAACAACAGCAACACCGUUGACAUCAAAAAGUAACACUGAUGAUGAUGAUGAUGACGAUGAUGAACAUAGUGAACGAGAUAUUAAUCAUAAUAAUGAUACUAAUUCACAUACAACUAUUGAUGAAGAUUUAAUGACUAGUUAUGAAGCUUCAAUUGAUAUAGAAUAUAACAAUAAUCAUUAUGAAUUACAUAAUGAAUCAAUACAUAAAUCAUUUUCAAUUAAUUCAUCUAAUUUAAUGAAAAAACCAGAGAAACAAGUAACAUUUCAAGAUAUUGUUGAAAUUUCAACAAUUUAUUCUAUUACAAAUGAAUCACAAGAGUCCAUUUCACAUCAUUAUGAAGAUGGUGAUGAUGAUGAUGAUGAUAACGAUGAUGAAGAAGAAGAAGAAGAUGAUUAUAAUGACGAUGAUGAUGAUGAUGAAGAAGAAGAAGAAAUGAAAAUGACAAAACACAAUAGUAUAAAUAAAAGACUAAAAAAUCGAUUGAAAAAUGUAAUCAAAUCCAAUGAUCAUAAUGUUGGAUUAGUCAUAGCAACAAUAGAACAAAAUAACAAAAAUAAUUUAGAUAAUAAUAAUAAUAAUCAGAUUCUUUCAGAAAAAGAUUUAUUAAGUUUAUAUACAGAUUGGGCGAAUCAUUAUUUGGAAAAGGCAAAUUAUUCAAAUUUAAUAAAAAAUAUACAGAAAGAUUUAUCUAAUGGACUAUUGUUAGCUGAUAUUAUACAUGCAGUAGCUAAUAUCAAAGUUCAACGUUUAUGUCGAAAUCCGAAAACAUCCGCUCAAUCACUUCAUAAUGUAUUGGCUUGUUUUCAAGUGCUCCAGUUACUUGGCAUUGAAACAAAUGGGUUUACUCCUCAAGACAUUGUGGAUAGUAAAUUAAAAUAUAUACUUGGUCUAUUUUUCAAUCUAUCUAAAUUUAAACAAAAAACAAAAAAAUUACAACAAUCUCAAGUAUAUACAACUACAUCUUCAUCAAUAAUACAAUCAUCAUUCAUAGCAACAACAACAACAACAAUACCAACUAAGGCAACAAUUACAUCAAUUCAUUAUCCAUCAAUGAUUAAAUUACAAAAAAAUCAUAUUUCCAAUGAACAUGAUACUCAUCACCACCACCACCAACAUCAUGAUCAUCAUCAGGAUUCAUUAGUUGUUCAAUCAACACCACCUAGACCACCACCACCACCACCACCGCCACGUACUGUCACUAAUAAUAAUACUACUACUACUACUCAUAGUAGUCUAUCAAAACAAACAGAUCUAUACAACAAAUUAGACAGUCCAAACAACAACAGCAGUAACAAUAACACCAACAAUCUAAGCAAUGGGAAUCAUCAUCAUCAUCAUCAUCAUCAUGGUCAUUAUCAAUCUGUAAAUAAACAAGAAAAUCUUUUAAUCGGACAAUUAAAAUAUCCAAUAAAGAAUCUAAAUGAAACAAUAUCUAAUCCAUGUUUCAACAAUCCUUUAAUAUUGAAUAAAAAUAAUGAUCAUCCUAAUAUGAUUGGAAUUAAUGCAUCAUUAAAUUUUACUAAACCAAAUGUUACAUCAUUACGUUUUCCUUCAUCUAUUUCAAUAACUACAUCAUCAUUCAAUGGUUUAUUAACAACUUCACCAAGUUCAAUUUCUAGUACAAAAUCAUUAUCACCACAAUAUCAAACUAAUAGUAUUCGUCAAUCUAUACCAAGAGCAAAUAAUUUAGUGGAUAUAAAAGUAAAACCUCAAAAAUUAAGUCAAUCUCAUAAGAAAUCUUAUGAUUAUCAAAAUAUUAAUAAUUAUACAGUGAAUAGUGAUAUCAAUAAUCCGUGUAAUAAUAAUAAUAAUAAUAAUAAUAAUUCAUCUGUAACCCGAAGUAAUAAAUUACAACAGAAAACAUUUACUACUUCAAUAUCACCAUUAUCAUCUACAAGAAUAACAACAACAACAACGUCAAUAACAGCAGUGACAGCAACCUCACCUACAACCACAACUGUGCCAGGAUCAUUAAUCUUGAAUAUUAAGCAACAACAACAACAACAUAGACAACAGAAUACUUCUAGUGAUGUUGUAUGCGACUCAACAACAACAACAACAACAGAUGAACUACAAUCACAACAACAGAACUCUUUAUCUGAGCCCAAAAGUGCUCCAGUCGGUAUUAGCUCUAAUCAUUCGAACAAAUCAAAUAUAUGCAAUCAAUUUAAAGCGUCCAGUUUUGAAAGAUCGGGAUUAAAAUCUGUAUCUGAUUUGAAUAUUAAGCCAUCCAAAACAAAAUCCAGUCAUCAUCAUCAUCAUCAGCAGCAGCAGCAACAACAACAACAACAUCAUAACAACUAUCAUCAAAAACAACAAAAUUCUCCAUCACCAAAAAAAUCAAUAAUCAAUAAACUAUCACCAAGUGAAAUAGAUAGAAAUAAAUUACAAAAUUCUCAUUAUAUAACUAAUUUAUCACCAAAAUUAUCUUUGGAACAAAAACUAAUUAAGACAACAGAGAUUAUCCCAACUACAAUAGAGAAUAUAUUACCAUCAUCAACAACAACAACAACAACUUCAUCUGGUAUACCAAUGCCACGUCAAUUAAAUUUAUAUCAACAAUCUAAUAUGAAUUCACAUCAUAUGUCAUCAUCAUCAUCAUCAUCUUCUUCAAAGAUAAAAGAAUCUCCAACAAAAAUUGAUCGUAUUCCAUAUAUGAAUUAUCCAAUUCAAAAUCAAUUAACUUUUGAUAAUCAUUCAAUUAAUAAUACAACUUGUCAUAUGAAUAUGAGUAGUAUAGAUAAUACAUAUCAAACAACUAAUAAUCAACCACGUAUAACAUUAAAUCAAUAUUAUCAUAAUACUACUACUACUACUACUACUACUACUACACAAAAACAAUAUCCAUAUUCAAUAAACUAUCAUCAAUCAAUAACAUGUAUGAAUAAGUUGUCUGGAAAUAUUAUACAUAGUACUACUAGUACUACUACUCCUACUCAUCCUCCUCCUUAUACUACUACUACGACGACGAUGACGAUGACGACUACUACUACUACUACACCAAUGAAUAUUCAUCAACAAAAUACAAAUCAAACUUUAAAACAAAUAACUAAAUCUCAAGAAAUAUCAUCAUCAUCAUCAUCAUCAAUGAAUUAUUCACCUUCUUUACCACCGCCGCUGCCUCAUCAUUAUCAUCCUUCACACUAUCAUCAACAUCAACAUCAUUCUAUUCAACAUCCAAAUACAUUUAUCUCGGGAACAAAUGAAUUUCAACAUCCAAUUACACCAGAGCGAUCUCAUUCAAUCAAUUCAAUAUCAACAAGCACAAUGCAACCAUUAAUGUCUAGUUAUCUUCAUGAUACACGACGUUAUAUGACUGGAAACAGUAUAUUUGAACAAAGGACUAAUCAACAACAACAACAACACUUUCAACCUACCCAACAAACUCAUCAAUCUCAUCAUCAAACAAUACCGAUUCAAUCAAAUUCACACAUUAUCAAAACUGGUAUUCCUUAUUCAAAUGAUACUAAUAUUAUUUGUUCUACAGUUAACCAAUCAAUACCCAUAGGUCUACCAUCACCACCACCACCACUACCGCUCACACAAUGUACACAAAUACACAAUCAUCCAUCCAAUGUAAACAUACAACAAUACUCACCUAUAAUUCAACCAUUUGUUCCACCGAUUUCAUAUCGUCCAGCUACUCAAGCACCGAAUUCCAAUUUUAUGCCAGUUACACACUGUAAUUAUUCAAGUGUAACAAAUACUCUUCCUACUGUUGCCAUAACGACGACCACCACUACUACUAGUAUAUCUACUAUCAAUGGUAUAACUACAACUACGAUUGUAAACAAGAAUAAUGCAGUUGUAAGUCGUCGUGUUAGAAUUCAAGAGACAAAUCAAGCUCAAAAUGUAUCUAAUCAUCAAUCCAUGCAUUCAGUACAACAAGUUAAUAGAACAUCAUUGAUAGCAAAAUCUAGACAAGAAAUGAAUGCGACUACUACUACUACUACUAGUAGUAGUAUUAGUACAUCAACCAAUCCGACAUACAAAUAUUUGCCUAAUAUAUCCUCUCAAACAUCAAAUGUGAAAGAAGCUAUCCAACCUUCAUCAGAUACUACACAUUCAAAUUAUUCUCAAUCUGGUACAUUUAAUCCUAUUCAAUCUACUGAAAUAAUUACAACAGAGACUACAUCAUCAGGAUUAACAUCACCAACUCUACCAGUAAUCAAUAUAGAACAACAAUCAUCAUCUAUUUCAUCAUCAUCAUAUCAUAAAAGUUUAAGUAAAAAAUCAAUAGACAAUACAGAACAACGUCGUAAAGCUCGUGAAUUAUAUGUUGCUUUAAAACAACGUUAUCCAUCAACUAAUCAUAAUAACACUAUAAAUAAUGAUUCUAUAAAUCCACAUCGCCGUCAUCAUCAUCAUCAUCGUCAACAACACCAUCUUAAUGAUGAUGAUGAUAAUAAUAAUGAUACAAUACAAAUAUCUGAUAUGAAAACUAUUAUAAAACCAAAUCAGAAUAAUGAAACGAACCAACAUAAAAAUAACACAUUGAUUACGCAAUCUAUUGAACAAAAUAAUACAAAUCCAAUAACUAUACAAACAUUACAACAAUCGAAUACAUUAAUUGAUGAUAAUCUAUCAAAAAAUAAUCAAUUAAUAAAUCAAUAUUUUUCAGACAAUAAUUUACAAUUAAUCCCAUCAAAAUCCAAUGAGAUUCAUCGAAAUAAUCUUGAUCAACAACAACAACAGUACUACCACCACCAACAACAACAACAUCAGCAACAUGAACAGCAACAUCCACAACAACAACCUCGACAGCAACAUCAACAACAUCAACAGCAACAGCAGCAACCUCAACAACAACAACAACAGCAAUUACAACCCAAUCCAUGUGUAUCAGAGAAAGUUGAUCUAUAUAAAAGUAAUUCAUUACAAUCUAAUUUCAUGAAAGAACAUUCAAUGAAUAAGAAAUGUAAUUCAUCCGAUAAUAAUAAUCAUUAUCAAAUGAAUCGAAUCUAUUGUGGUUAUCAAUCAGAUAGUGGAAUAGAAUGUAUUAAUUUACCAAUUCAUAAUACUAAUUUCACAUUACCAUUUCAAACAAAACAAUCAAAUAUAAAUGAUCCAUUACAUCAUACUAAUAUAAUUGGAUCAUUGCCAAGAAAUUUACAUAAUCCUUAUUCUAUGAUAUAUCAAUCAAAGAUGUUAAAUUUGAAUUCUAUGAAAUCAUCUAUUCAUCAAAUUGAUGUUCAUCAUGAACAACAACAACAACAAUCUCAACAACAGGGAGGAGGAGGAAUCGGAAGUGGUGGUGGUGGUGGUGGUGGUGGUGGUGGUGGAGACGAAGAAGAGAAUCUAGGUAAUUAUGCACGUCGUAUGCAUGAACGAUUACAAGAAGGUAUGAGAGAAGCGCAAGAAUCAUUAUGGAUGCCUGAUUUACCAGAAUUAAAUAGAAUGAAUCGAUUAAGUGACAGUUCAUCAAUGAAUAAUAAUGGUAAUAGUAAUUCAUCAACUGCACAGAUAACUGAUGGAAUGACAAAUUUAAGUAUCGAUAGAAAAAAACAAACAAUCAUGAAAACAAUCAAAUCGGAACCUCCAACUCAAUUAAAUGAAAAAAAUUCUAACAUAGACAAUUGUUUAUUACCAUCAUCUUCAUCACCACAAUCAUCACCAUCACCAUCAUCAACAUCAACAUCAGUAUCACCAUCAUCACCAUCAUCAUUCAUUAACUCUAUAAACAAUAAUAAUAAUAAUAAUCAUUCUGAUUAUUCUAUUCAUAAACAAUCGAAUAGUUAUUCCCCUUUGAAUUCAAGAUUUUAUUGGUGUAAUAAAUUACAUAAUAAUCAAUCAAUCAUAAACAAUAUCCAUUUACAAUCUCUUAGUAACAAUAAUAAUAAUAAUAAUGAAUAUACUAAUGUGGAUAUAAAAAAUGGUGUAUGUUCAGAUGUUGAAGAUUUAUUAAAUCAACAUGAAAGACGAUUAAUGUCUAUUUCAGGAACUGAUAACGAUAAGAAAGUCAAUGAAUUAACACGAUUCAACUCAGCUUCAGAUACAGAAGAAUUUCUUUCUAAUGACUAUAGAAUUCAAGCAUCGAUACGAUCCAUGAAUUAUGGUUACAUGGGAUGUGAUCCAAUUCAACCUUCAUCAUAUAAUUGGUUACGCAAAGUUAAUAACAAUGAAACUGUUGGAGAUGGAUUGCAUAAUCGUUAUUUUAUUCCACCAAGAUUAUGUAAUCUAGAUUCUAGUAUAAAUCAGUCAGAUAAACUCGUUUCCGUAUCGGGUAUAUCACAACAACAAAGUUUACUGACAAGAGCAAGACGACGACAAAUUGACGGUAGAUCAUUAUCAUCGUCUGUCGCAAAGCAUGAUGAUGCUGAAAGAAUUUAUGGAAUUGUUCCAUUAUCACCAUCUUAUUUAUAUAAUCAAUUUAUGCCAUCUACUGGUUUAAUGAUCAAAGGAAUGAUGAGUAAUAGUAGUAGUGGUAAUCGAACUAAUCAAGAUAAUGAGAUAAAUUUACCAGGAACUAUAAGUGCACCACCUGGAACACCAAUUAAAUUACCAUAUGCUGCUCCAGCCAGUCUAAUUGGUACAACAUCUGGCUUUAGUUGCCCAGAAUCUGGUUCACAAAUAAUCAGUGGAUUAGGAGUGAAUGGUUCAAGGCUAUCGCUUACUUCAAAUGGAUCCUGUGUCUCUACGGUAGAGGAAAAACAAGCUGAAGAAAUACAAAAACUUAAACGUAAACUUGAACAAGCUGAGAAAAAAGUUAGUGAAUUAACAACACAAUUAACAACGAAUGCUCAUGUUGUCUCAGCUUUUGAACAAAGUUUAAACAAUAUGUCACAACGACUACAGAAUUUAUCAAAUACCACAACAAGAAAGGAUUCAGAACUACAUGAAUUAAGAGCAACAAUUGAUGCAUUACGUAGUCAAACAGAAUUAGGACUAUUAAAAAAACCACCAAUUAAUCGACCUUGUGAAUUAAAUAGAUCAUUUACUAAUGAUACAUUGAAACAACAAGAAAAUUCAUGCAUUUCUACUACUACUACUACUACUUCUACUUCUACCACUACGAUUAUUACUACUAAUACUACUUCCAAUACUGGUAGUAAUAGUGAGAAUAAACAAGCACAUAUUAAUUCACGUUUAACAAUUUCAAAUACAAGUCUUACUGAUUUAGAUAGUCAACAAUUACAAAUGGAUAAUUCAAUUGAUAAAGUAUCAUCUACCACAUCCGGUUGUAAAUCUUCAGGAACUAAUGUGAAGAAAAAUGGAUGGUUUCGUAAUUCACUUGGUAAAGCAUUCCGUAAAAAGACCACAUCAUCAUCAACAUUAUCAAUAAAUUCACAAAGUGAUAUAGAUUGUCCUACAUCAUCAAUACAACACAAUUCUAUCUAUCAUAGUAACAAUAAUAAUAAUAACAAUAGUCUUCCUCCUGGACAUCCAUCCAACUUACCACAAAGUCCAACUAUGGAUCAUAAAGGAUUACAUAAUACUAUUAUAAAUCAAUCGAAUAUGAAUUCUAUACAAUCUAAUGGUCAUAUGAAUGCUUUAUCUGUUUUAUCCAAUACACAUUUAAAUGGUUUAUCUCCAUCGAAUUCAUCAACAUUAUCAUCGUCAUCAUCAUCAUGGAGUACAUUAGGAAUGAGUGGAAAUGGUCAAAAUAAUUGUAAUAUCAUUACAGCUACUACUACUACUAUUACUACUACUAAUAGUAGUAGUAGUAGUACUAUUGUACCAUAUACAAAUGAACAAAUUAAUCGUUUGAACAAUGUACGAAUACAGCAACAACAACAACAACAACAACAACAACAAGACCAUAGACCAAUCCAUUCAAAUCAACUUAGUUGCCCAAAUUAUUUAGUUAACUAUAAUGAUUCAGAUAAACAAAAUAAAUUAUUCAAUGUUGAAGAAGGUGAUAGAAAUAUUUUGAACAGGAAUGAUAGUAAAUUAGAAUUAAAUAAACAAUCAUGUCAAGAUGAAUUGAAUCAUUUAAAAUGUCAAUUAGCUGAAAAAGAAUCUAAAUUAACUGAUGUACAAUUGGAAGCUUUAGCAAGUGCUCAUCAAUUAGAUCAAUUAAAAGAUGAAAUGUCACAUUUAUAUUCACAAUUAAAUUAUUUACGUACAGAUAAUGAAAGAUUACAAAUAUUAGUGACACAUUUACAAAAACAACAACAUUAUCAUCAUCAACUACAACACAAUACUCCUCCUCCUCCUCCUCCUCCUCCUACUACUACUACUACUACUACUACUACUACUAAUAAUAAUAAUAAUAAUAAUAAUAAUAAACUAUUACUUACGAAUAAUGAGAAUGUAAUGACAAGUACUACUACUACUACCAUUACAUCUACACCUACUAAUACCGAUGUUCAUUGUAAUAGUAGUAAUAAUAAUCAGUCAGUGAUUAACACACAUUGUAACUCUUUACCACAAGCAAUACAACAUAAUUCAAUUGUAUUACAUAAUGAUAAUAAUAUGUCAAUAUUAUGUAAUACAGAGAUAAUACCCGUUGAAUGUGAUACUUGUUCAAAUCUAUUUAUUGGCUUUUCUGAAAGAACUAUUCAUUUAAACAAUUCAUUCAUUGCAACAGUCAAUCUUAUUUUAAACAAUCCUCAACAUAAUAAUCAUUCAUCAACCAAUUCUAUUUUAAAUAUUGGUAUCCUUUAUAUGACAAAAUCAUAUAAUUGGGAAUCUAUAAAUAAUCAUCUUGUUAAUUUAUAUAAUUUAUAUACAUCCUAUUUGAAUUUAAACGAUGCGCAUAACCUUCAAAUGAAUGAAUUCAAACAAUAUCAAUUACAUAUUGAUUCGUUGAAUUAUACAUGGAAUAUUGAAUUUCAUCCAAAUACAUCAAAUUAUUCCAUUCAAUUUAAUGAUGAUAAUCAUGAGAAAAUAAUUCAAAAUUCUCAACAUUUAAUUAAUUUAAUUCAAUCACAAUCAAAACAAUUCAAUAUUCAAUUAACUAUUAAUGAUGAAUUAUUGAAUAUUGAACAAUCAAAUUUAUUAGCGGAUCAUUUAAAUGAUGAUCAACAGAAUUUAUUUAAACAAUUAAAUAAUUUAAUGAUUAAAACUUUAUUAAAUCGUGAUAUUUUAUAUUUUUAUUAUGAAUUAUUAUAUACAUAUCAUUUAAUGAUAUUUUAUGAUAUAGAUGAUGUUUAUAUGAAUAUAGUGAUACAAGCAUUUUAUGAACAUAUUUGUUCAAAUAUAAAUUCAUCUUCAUUGAAAUUACAUCAUUUCAACUUAACUGAUGGUCAACAAACUACAAUCAAUGAUUUAUAUCAAUGUUUAUCACAAUAUAUGAAUAAUCCAUUAAAUAUAACAGAACAAUUACCAUCUAAUUUAAUAAUUCUAUUCUAUAUUCAAUCAAUGAAUCAAAUGUCUAAUGAAGAUUAUUUAAAAAUUAUAAAUAAUUUUCAACUUUAUUAUAAUGGAAAGAAAGAUGAUCCAAAUAGAACAUGUUCAAUAUAUCUAAUUGGUACUUGGAUAACAUCAGUUGACAAUAGUUCAAUUGAAACAUUAUCGUCAUCAUCAUUGCCGUUAUCAUCAAUCCCAAGUCCACUUCGAAACCAAACAACAACAUCAUCAUCAAUGAAUAUGAAAUUGAUCUCAUAUCCAAACAAAUAUAAUAGUAUAUAUAAAUCUGUACAAUGUUUCAAUGAAUUAACUUGUUGGAUUCAAAUAGACUAUUCAUUUAAACAAUCUUAUAUGAUAGGUGAUUUAAAAAAACAACUUGUUCAUUCAUUGGUUAAUCAAUUCAAUAAAACAGUAUCAUCUUCAUUAUUGAAUCAAAUAGAUCAAGAAUAUUUAGAUAAAUUUCAUAAUCAAUUGAAAUGUUAUGAAGAUCUUAUCAAAUGGAUUCAACAAGUUCUCAAUUAUUUAAAUCAAUUCUUAAUAGAAUUACAUAAUCAUUAUCAUGAAACUACAUUAGAAGAUCCGCAUCAAUUUCAUUUGAUCAAUCCACUAAUAUUUUUAUCUUUACCAUUUCAUGAUGAUUUUAUCAAUUCAGAAUUAUGGUUUAUUGAUUUAUGGAAUAAUCAAAUUGUAAAAAUAAUAAAAAGUGUUAUUGAUCAAUGGUCUAAUCAUCAUCAGAAAUCAAUAAAACAACCGAUAAAUUGUAUUGAUCCAACCAAUUGGAUUCUAUCAACAUGGCCAUGGCAUACAAUGAAUUGGUUAGAAUGUUUUCAUAAACAUAAUAAUACAGAUAUGAUAUCUCCACCAUGUUUAAUACAUCUUAUUGAAUGUUACACAUAG